GUGGGCGUGAAGGUAUCAGCGGUAUCGCGCAAGACCAACACGACACAGAGGGAGGUGGUGGGCAUCCGCACCACCGGGCCCACGCAGCUGGUGUUCCACGAUACGCCAGGGCUGACAGUGGCGCUACCAUCGCAGCCCCUGUCAGCAUCGCAGCGCCAGGGGUCGCUGCUCGCCUCGUCCGCUGCCCUGCAUUGCCAUGUGGUGGCGCUGGUCAUUGAUGCCGACCGGCAGAUCCGGAGGCCGGACCCGCAGGUGCGGAGGAUGGUGGGGGUGGUGGGGGCGGAGCGGAGGGAGGGGCAGCAGCGCGUAGCGGUGCUGAACAAGGUGGAUCUGGUGAAGGACAAGCGGCUGCUGCUGCCGCUCGCACAGGAGCUCAGCUCCUUCCACUCCAUUGAGAGGGUGUUCAUGGUAUCAGCGCUGCAGGACAAGGGCGUGAACCUGCUGGAGGAGUAUCUCUUUGACCAUGUGCGUGCUUCUCCUGCCCUGCCCUCACCUCUCACAUGCCAUGCUACUAUGCCAUGGAGUCGGGCCAUGCCUUGGGCGAUGCAGGCGCCAUGGGAGGAGGACCCUCGUCUGCGCACGGACCAGUCCCCUGAGCAGCUGGCCAUGCAGAUCGUGCGCGAGCUGCUGCUGCACCGCAUGCACCAGGUGGGCUGGGCUGAGGUGCCAUACGCCAUAGAGCACCGCCACGUGUCAUGCUCUGUGCUCAGGGAUGGGUCGCUGCGCAUAGAGCAGCUGCUGCUUGUACAGUCCAAUGCACAGAGAGCCAUGCUCGUUGGCAAGGCAGGACAGGUCGUGCGUUCCAUUGGCAGAGAGGCACGGUAUCAGCUUCAGAACAUCCUUGGCGGUCCAGUUCAUCUCAUUUUGCAAGCGAGAGUGGACCGCAAUUAA